GAUAAUUCUAAUAAAUUUGUAAACCGAGUUUAGUGUAGAAUGUUUUCAUCAUGUUUAAAUUCUCUGUGUAUAAAAUAUUCCUCUGAGUCUACUGUCAUGCAAGAUCCUUACAAUGUGAGGCACAAACCUGCAAUAAGCCAGCGUUCAGUGUAUUUGACGAUGGAUGUUCUAUGUUUUGUUCAUCAAAAGCAUUAUUUGUUCCUGCAUCUUCAGGGACUUUAUUUCUAUUUGACCAAAGCAAGAAAAACACAACAACAAAUGUUGAGUAUUCUGAUAUUUAGGUUGAAGAUGAAAUCUGAUGCCCUUUGGCCUACAACACAGCAUAAGUCUGUUGUGUUCCCCCAACUUAACCAGUCCUUCCACAUUUACCCAGGAAAUGGAGAGACGGGUGAAUGGGUGUGGUGUGGUUUUUACUCUACUUGUGGAGAGGAAAAUCACUACCCUUCUAAACAUCCACACGCGCACACACGUACACACACAUUUUUGCACCUUUAAGACACUGACACACAAUACAGAUUACAGCAUUUGCUGUCAGGAUACAACCACAGCAGAGGGGAAGAGUUCGAUCGGCUGUGAAUCUUUUUGGACUGAAACCAUCGCCUGUUCAAAGGAUGUCUUUGUUUGGCAGUUUUCUGUCUGAUGAGCAGUUCCAGUGUUCCAUAUGCUUGGAUGUGUUCACCAACCCUUCAUCCACUCCAUGUGGCCACAGCUUCUGCGUGUCCUGCAUCAACAGAUACUGGGAUGGAGCAAAGGUUUGCCAGUGUCCCCUAUGUAAGAAGACCUUCCAGAAGCGACCAGACCUCCAGAUCAACAGGACGCUGCGAGAGAUCACCGAGCAGUUCAAAUCCAUGCGGGGUGGAGUGGCUGGGAAGGAAAAGAGAGGACGAAAAGGAGGAGGAGGAGAUGAAAGCAUGCAACAUAACUUGUAUGAUGAAUUGAGGAAGAAGCUGCCUCGGCCUUUGCCAAACUUACCCAUCUCCAAUACCGAUGGUGCUCCUCCGGGUGAGUCCAUCUCAGCCUUGCCUUUACAGGUCACAAACUCACUAGCUUCAUCGUUCCCAAACCACAUCGCGACAAAUGUAAACCACACCUCCGUUCCUCCUCCCCCCCUGAGCCAUUGCUCUCGCUCCAGCAGUCGCAGAAGGUUCACACUGAGUGGGGCCGCUAGCAGCCAGAACAUACCUUUGUGUGACGUCCACCAGAGGGGACUCAUGAUUUAUUGCAGAACCGACCAGGUGUGCAUCUGUCCUGAGUGUGAGACCGAGGAGCAUUACGAUCAUGACACUGUGACAGUUGAGACAGAAUGGAUAAAAACUAAGGAACAGCUAAGAUUGUCGGAACAGGAGAUCCAAGAGAUGAUCUUACAGAGAAUGGGAAAAAUUGAGGAGAUCAAAAUGUCACUGACUGAAAUGGAGAUGGCCGUGGACAGAGAAACAGCUGGCAGUGUGUGUCUGUUCUCUACGCUGGCCUCAGCCAUCGAACGCUCUCAGGCAGAGCUGAUGGAGGUGAUGGAGCUCAGUCGAAGGGCGGCAGAGCACCAGGCUGACACUAUAAUGCGACAGCUGGAACGGGAGAUAGAAGAGCUCCGGAAAAGAGAAAAGGCUCUCGUUGAGCUCGGCCAAUCAGAUGACCACGUACACUGUGUCAAGACGUUCCCCACUCUGUCUCGACCCCCAAAUGCCAAAGACUGGUCUGGAGUGUCUUUAAAGACUGACCUGGGAACAGCCACCAUCUACAGAUCGCUUGCAGUUCUGGUGGAUAAAUUCCAGGAAGAGCUGAAGAAUGUGUUAGAAACUGGUUUUCCCGCCCCAGUGCUAGAGCCUAGUCCAGUCCGAACUCAGCCCAGAGUGAAGAGAAUACAGGAGUAUGCAUUGGAUGUGACUCUGGACUCCAAUACUGCCCAUCCCAGACUGAUGCUGUCAGAGGACAUGAAAAGUGUGAAGUGUGGAGAUCGACACCAUAAUGUGCUGGACAAACCGGAGAGAUUUGAUCGAGUUGUGUGUGUACUGGGGAGGGAGGCCAUAUCUUCUGGUAGACAUUAUUGGGAGGUGGAGGUGGGUGGAAAGACUGACUGGGAUCUGGGCGUUGCCAGGCAAUCAGUCAGCAGAAAAGGAAAGAUUGAUUAUACCCCUAACAAUGGCUUCUGGUUCCUUAGUUUGAGAGACAAGAGUAAAUACGCAUUUCGCAGUGAGCCAUCCACAGACGUCCAUCUGAACCUCCCCCCUAAUAAGAUAGGAAUAUUUGUGGACUAUGAGAAAGGACAGGUGUCUUUUUACAAUGUUGAUGCCAAAGUCCACAUUUACACUUUCAAUGACAUUUUCACUGAAAAUCUCUACCCAUUCUUCAGUCCCUGCACUAACAAAUCAGGAAAGAAUGAUGGACCACUGACAAUCACACCAGUUAACAUGACAGAGUAACGUGUUGAAGAAAAUCAGCUUUAAGUGGCUAUGAAAUAAUUGACAUGUACAUACAUUCAUUUUAAGCAAAUCAUUUAUUAUAAAAUUGUUACUUUAUCUUUUCCAGUACUGAUAAAUGUGUCUAUCUUUAAGAAAAUGUUGUUCCUGCUGUCACCGCCUUAGAUGUUUACUCCAAAGGAACAGAGGUUUGAAAUUUGCUUUUCUCCGACGGAUAAAAUUAAGCCAGAAGCAGCAACUGUAAAUCCAGAUACUGAGAUUAUUAAAAGGCUGUACACACCACCAACUUGUAUUAUUCCCAGGGACAACACUAACUGUUUAAACUUAUAUAUUUGUAUCAUUCUAAGAUAUAACAGCUGCUGUCUGCACUGCUUCAUGCAAUAGAUGUGAAAUGUAUGAAUAUUUAUAAUAAAA